AUGAAGUUUGGGAAGGAAUUUUUAGCUCAACAGGUGCCAGAAUGGCAAGAUGCAUACAUGAACUACAGCUACCUAAAAUCACUCAUAAAAAUUAUCCAACAUUCCAAGCACAAAAACAAGCCUCAUCCUCACCACCACCGGCUCACAUUGUAUUCAGCCUUCGCUGGCCUCACCAGAAGUCGGCACCACCAGGAACCCACUAGCCCCUCUGCCGAUAUCGAAAACCAAGCCAUACUGGUCCACGCUGUGAGCUCGGAUGGAGAACCUCAUGAGAGUUACGAGACCACUUUCUUAAUGGCCUCCGAUGAAGGCGGAGUUAUGGAGUUGGAGUAUUUCAGAAGGGCUGAUGAUGAGUUCAACAAAGUUCAGAAGUUCUAUAGGGGAAAAGUUGCAGAGGUAAUGAAGGAAGCCUCUCUACUUAACAAGCAAAUGGACGCUUUGAUUGCUUUCCGGAUUAAGGUGGAGAAUCCUCAGAGGCUGUUUGACUGGAACGUGGAGAUGACUCGUCUUGCUUCGGAUAUUGCAGUUUCCACCACAUCUCAGUUGGCUACUUCAGCUCCAACAGGGGCCAAAGCAAGCAGACGGGCGAUGGAAGUGAUCGAAGAGGGUGGAUCGUGUGGAUCGUCCAGUAGCCACGGUGAACGAUCCAGUGAAGAUGAUAAGGAUGAGAAAAGGAGAGAAGAUCAUAAUAUCGACAAUCAAAACCUUAAGGAGGAGAAGCCAAACAAGUACAGAAGGAACAUGCCCGCGCCACUAGAUGUACUAGAUCGUGUGACAAUGAAUCAAAUGGCUGAGACUCCACUUUCGACUAUUAAAGGCGUCCUCAAUGUGCCACAGCAGACGGAGCUCAAAUUCACCAGGGAAAAUCUCAAAAAGGUUGAACAACAGCUUAGAGGGGCUUUCAUUGAAUUCUACCAGAAGCUUAGGCUUCUAAAGAGCUAUGGGUUCUUAAAUAUAUUGGCAUUCUCAAAGAUCAUGAAGAAAUAUGACAAGGUUACUUCAAGACAUACAUCGAAACCAUACAUGAACAUGGUUGAUAACUCCUAUCUUGGCAGCUCUGAUGAGGUUACCAAACUUAUUGAGAGAGUUGAAGAUACAUUCAUCAAGCAUUUCUCAAACUCAAAUCGGAGAAAAGGAAUGGCGGUUUUGAGGCCUAAACCAAGAAAAGAAAGACAUAGGAUAACAUUUGCCAUGGGUUGCCUUGUUGGUUGCACUGUUGCUCUCACCUUAAACCUCAUUUUGACAAUACGAGCUCGUCAUGUUAUGGACCAGUCUGGGACGACCAAGUACAUGGAUAACCUAUUUCCCCUAUACAGCUUGUUCGGAUAUGUUUUCCUACACAUGCUAUUGUAUGCUGGAAACAUAUACUACUGGAGACGCUACCGAGUCAAUUACUCUUUCAUAUUUGGUUUCAAGCAAGGAACUGAAUUGGGAUAUAAAGAGGUUCUCCUUGUUGGUUUUGGUCUGGCAGUGCUAGCAUUAGCUGCUACUCUGUCAAAUCUUGACAUGGAGAUGGACCCCAAAACACAAGACUACAAAGCAAUAACCGAAUUACUCCCUCUGUUCUUGGUUUUGCUUGUAGUUGUGAUACUACUAUGCCCAUUAAACAUCGUCUAUCGCUCAAGUCGCUAUUUUCUCCUUGUAUGUUUUUUUCAUGGUAUCUGUGCUCCUCUAUAUAAGGUCACACUGCCAGAUUUCUUCUUGGCCGAUCAGUUGACAAGCCAGGUGGAAGCAAUUAGAAGCUUACAAUUCUACAUUUGCUAUUAUGGUUGGGGAGACUACAAACACAGAAACAACACUUGCGGAUCAAACGUUGUUUUCAACACCUUUAGUUUCAUCGUUGCUUGUGUUCCAUUUUGGUUGCGCUUCCUUCAGUGCAUCCGGCGCCUGUUCGAAGAGAAGGAUGCACAGCAAGGUUACAAUGGACUCAAGUAUUUCCUUACAGUAGUAGCCGUUGGCAUGAGGACAGCUUACAGUCUCAAUAAGGAUGUGAACUGGAAAAUUCUUGCCGGGAUUAUCUCAAUUGUUUCAGCUGGGUUUUGUACAUAUUGGGACAUUGUUAUAGACUGGGGGCUUCUGCAACGUAAUUCCAGAAACCGCUGGUUGAGAGACAAACUCUUAGUCCCUUACAAAAGCGUGUAUUUUGCAGCCAUUGUCUUGAAUGUGUUGCUGAGAUUUGCUUGGUUGCAGACUGUUCUGAAUUUCAAUGUUUCAUUCAUGCAUGAACAGUCUAUGAUAGCAGUUGUGGCGAUCUUGGAGAUAAUCCGUCGAGGUGUGUGGAAUUUUUUCAGGUUGGAGAAUGAGCAUCUGAAUAAUGUUGGCAAGUAUAGAGCAUUCAAGUCUGUGCCACUGCCGUUCAACUAUGAAGAAGAUCACCAACACAAUCACUGA